GCAGAAGAGGAAGGGACGCGUGCAGUUGUCGCGAAACCUUCCGCAAGUAUCUGCGUCCUUUCCUGGUGUGUCUCAUGGUGUUGUGCAUCCCCAUGGUGCGUCCUCCUAACUAAUUUUCUUACAAUUAUAAUAAGGAGUAUUAUUCGAACGAAAUUACAUUUCAACGAGGUUUUUUUUUACUUUUCGUUCAUGAAACAUUUACUUUCUCUCUCUUUCUCUCUCUCUCUCUCUCUCUCACUCUCUCUUUUUCUAUCGCUGUCUCACUUACUCUUUCAUCAUGCCAAACGAUUUUAUCUUGGACAACGCCAUGAAGUGGACAAUUGUUUUGCUGACGUCUAGGAAAGUUUGUCGGUUAUCGUGAUAUUCACGGGAUGACCCUCCACCUUUGUACGAGCAACGAGAGAAGACAAAUCCCCGUGUAAGAUAUAAUCGCGUGAUAUGUCACGAUUUGGAUACUGAUGUAUAAUCGUUAUACAACUCGAAAAUUGUUUCGAUUAUUCGACGAUGAAUCGAGAAAACGAAGUGCAACAACCAGUUUCUCAAACGUUUUGCGGAGCGUUGCAGAAGGAACCGAAUUGCAAGUGUUUAGUACUUUCAGUAUUGAUAUAUGGAUGCCUCGCUGCAGUUACAUGGUGUAGAUGCGCCAACGUUACCAAGGUUGUGAUCAAUUUCUCUAAGUACCUCAUCAAAAGUACUAAACACGUGUCUCCCUGUGACGAUGGUUAUAUAUAUAUUCCAGUUGCCUUUAUGGGAAUGCUUUAUCUCGUAUACCUUGUGGAGUGUUACCAUUCCCCGAUUAGAAUCGAUCUGUCCCACGCGGAGAGCCAAGACUGUGUACUCAUGAAAUUAAAUCAACUGAGGCUGGUACAACCUACUAUCUGGUGGAAGGCCGUUUCCUAUCAUUAUGUACGUAGGAAACGGCAAAUCACCCGAUAUAGAAACGGAGACAAUUAUACGACGACUCAGGUUUACUACGAAAGGGUUAACACACACGCGGCAACUUCCUUUUAUUACUACGAUUAUUGUGGGGUGAAGGAUAUCAGCAAGGAACUGGUGCCCGAUCAAAAAGUACCUAUCACGAAAAUUGCAUUGACCAAGGGCUUCGCUUUUUCAAACAUGAGAUCGGCGACUGAGUUCGAGGAAGCCAGGUCAAGGUUCUUCGCUGAACAAGAAUUAAGGGAUGAUUAUAUGGAAAUGAGAGAAGGUUUGGAACUUGGUUGUAAUCUAAAUCCCACUACUUUAGUAGCCGUCCUUGGUAAACCAUGGUUUACCAAUCGUUACGUUUAUUGGUGCCUUAGUGCUCUCCUACUUAGUUGGCCCUUGAGAGUAAUCAUAGAAUACAAUACGCAAUACGCCGACUAUCAGGUGACUAAACUAUUUGGAGUGAACUAUGAUACUCCAAUAGGUGCCGAGCCAAUACGUACUUCCACCAGUCAAUUGAGUCAGCCAGGAUCCUACAUGUUAGCACCAAGUUAUAGCGAAGCACUCCUCAUGGAACCGGCUGCACGACCUAGCGUAGAAACUCGACAGACCGAAACAGAACCAGGAACCGAAUCCGAGAUCGAUAUGGGAAUAGUUCCUAGUUAUUCGGAAGCUCUACUUUACGAAAGAGCUGAAUUAGGAACUAACAAUAUACCUGGAACUUUCUCAUCAUCGGUUCAACAAGAAAUAAAAGAUCUCAGAGUUGAAAUCGAACCAACGUGCCAAUGUCCUUGUCAUACAAUUUCUAACGAGUCAGAAAACGUACAAGGAACUAAUCCAACCGAUCAGAUAGAAGAUCAUCACUCCACUUAUGUUACUUUGGAUUCUACGUGUAUUCCUAGUAGUUCGACGUGCCAUAACGAUAUUACAAAUAAUCUCGAACCUGUGUCAUGUUCGUGUGGUCAACAAAGUCCUUACGCGUGUUCCAAUAUUACGGACAAAAUGAACGUUAACGAAAUAAUGGUGGUAGAUGAUGGUGGUGAUAAUGGUGGUAGAACUAUGAAAAAAUUAGUUCGCCCUUCGCGAAAAUUCAAACGAGAUAUUUCCGAGCCAAACUUACGAUUACGUUCGGAAAUAGGUCAAGAAGUAAGUCCUUAUCCCUCUACUUCCAAAACAAAUUAUAAAAGUUUUGAGAAUAUUUUAGAAGAAGAUAUUACGAGUUCGUUGAAUAACGUUUUUCAAAAGAAAUUCGAUACUGCAUCGAGAAAUCAUUUUCAAACGAUUAUAGAUGAAGAAGUUUCGCCUAUUAUAACGAACGAAUCUAUUGAUAACAAUGUUAUUACUGAAUCAAAUAAUUCCGAAUCGAAAGGUGCAAUACCUAAAAGAUUUGUUGAACAGCAACAGAGUACUUCGCGUUGCAGGGUGACCGUGAAUCCAAGGUCCGAUGAAGUACGCAGAAAAAUACCGGUGUCUAGGACCUAUUUUUGUUUGAAAUCGAUUCUCAAACAAAACAAACGUCGAUAUACUUUAAUGACCACCGCACAGGAAUUAGAACACGUUGAGGAUUGGGAAACCGUAAGGUUGGAUAGAAGUUUCGAGGAACUUCAUUUGGAUUGCGAUAAAAGGAAUAACGAGAUUGUUCAAUUUAACGAGGAAAAAUCUCGCAACGCCUGUUUGUCGGGUGACAAUUUGAAUAACGCAUUGAGUUUACGAGACAAAGAUAAAGAACAUUUACAAAAUUCUACCUUUGGGAAAGAUAAAUCAUCACCUACCGAACAAAAAUACGAUUAUGCGAGAACACUCAUAUUUGCUAGCCCGAUUCAAGAAGUAUGUCCUGACGAUCCGUUCGGUGGUAAAAACGUGGUACCAACGAGAAAUCAAAAUUAUCAUAACGAGGAAAUAUCUUCAUCGAACGUUCCAAUGUUGGUUAAACUUAGACGAUCGUUUACAGAACGAGAUGGCAUACACAGACGUCACAGAGAUAUUCGUAAGAUUCACAGGCGUCGUACAUUUGCCGUUGAUGCUGAUUAUUCGUUUCCAUUGGUCGAACCUGAAAAUUACGACGCGUCGUCGUCGUCAACGACAACUAGUGGAAACGUAUACGUGCCUGGUUACAAAAAUGGCGUAUCUUUUCCACCUUAUGAUGGUUUCACCACGACGGCAGAUCAACGAAGAACGUUAAACAUAACCCAACCGAUUGUAUUGAAUAAUGAUAUUCGUCCUACAACCACCAACGAUGGAACUAAUUCUUCUUUCGUGGUAAAAGAACAUUUUACUGUUGAUGAUGAUGAUGAUGAUGAUGAUGAUGAUGAUGAUGAUCAACAUCAUCGAGAAAAUGAAGAAGCUUCUGGUUGGUCGGUUGAAAAUAAUAUUCAAGCAAUUAAUAAUAAUAAGAAGAAAAACAACACUACUACUACUACUACACUGACGAGAUCAUUAACCGAACGAAGAAAUAAUACGAAGGAUGGUCGUCGUAGUUCGAAUUUACGAAGAAGCUUCACCGAUAGGGUAGACACGAUUAAUUGCAGAUCGAUUAAUGGUAGACGUACCAACCUUAACAUGGAAACCUCGUUGUAACAUGUCGAUACGAUUAGCUCCUUUUGUACUGCGCGCUAUGUUCAUAUACAUACUAUAUAUGUAUAUAUAUAUAUAGUAAGGUUGAAGGAGGAAGAUGGGGCCUUCUUUAAACAGUAGAAUAUAUAGUAACUAACAAUUGUUCUUCGAGAUUGUCCGAGUUUUGUCUUCGAACGUUCGAUUUUUAAACAGAUAUUAACAAUACAAAAAUGCACGAUCGUAUUUUUUGGGAAGUUAAAGAAAAAGAAAAAGGAAAGAGAAAAAGUCAAGAGAAAAAAAAGAAGAAGAACUUAUUCCGUCUUUUUAAUGUGCUAAGUUUGAGGAUAACGUUAUAUACGCUUUUCGAUUAUGCAAUGCGAAUUAGGUGAAUCUUAUUGUUAGAUAGGAAAAUGUCUUCUAAUUCGAGAUAUAAUUCGAUUAACUCGAAUAAAAAAGAUUUUUUGUACGACAUAAAUAAGAGUCACUAAUAAUUGGCGGUACGAAGUAACGCUGUUGUUUUGCUAAUAUUGUUGCUGCCUGUUUGGAUGCUGUUGCAAAAGCGCAAAUGUAACGUUGGUAUUAGGGUGAAUCAAAAAUUCAUGCGUUUUUUCCAACAAAAAAAAGAAAAGACAAUUCAUUAUGCAGUUUAUAAGACAAUAAACGCAGGAACUUUUGAUUCAAUUAUCUAACAGAGAUACGAAUGAAGAAUAAUCGCGUGUGCGUAUUUUCGAAAUAGUGUGCUUCUUGAAAUAUUAGCUAGGAUAUACAAAAUGCAAAUGCGUCGAGUGUCAAUUAUACGCGCGCACACAGAGUAUAAUACCGUAUAUAGUCAUUGGCUUUAUUGGCAUUUGAAUUAGGAACAAAAUAUAUAUAUAGUGCAUCGUUGAUCACACACAUAUAAUGCACAAGUUAAUUAACUCGUAGUCGAUUAAUUAUUAUUGACAAUUAACAUUUAAAUUACCGUCCUAAAUCUUUCUUUAUUACGCGUAUUUAAUUUAAACAUAUACCCAUACAUUCACACGCACACGUACACACGUAAAAAUAAGAUCCUUUGAAAGCGUCCUCGAAUUUUAUUCUUGUUACGUCAAAAUGUUUCUUCUUUUUUUGUUUUUUCUUUCAUUUCUAAAAACGAACGAUUAUUUUCGAAAUUUAAUUUUUAUAUGUAUAUGUAUAGUUUAUGUUUGUAAGUUACUGUACACACGUCAUCCCAUUUUAGAAUAUUGAUUAUCGAUAAACUCUUUUAAACACUUCGCAUUAAAUUAACAUCAUAAUCUUGUCUAUGUUAUUUUCUACAGAAUAUUCAGAUAAGAAAUAUAUAACAUGAAUAUAUUCAAUGUUUUUUUUUAAGUUAAUUACACUUGAGUACACUUUCAAAAGUGGGAACAACAAAAAAUAUCUUUUCACUUUUUGUUAUUCAUGUUAUUUGUUUCACAAAUAAAUCAUUUGAAUAAAGUUUUCUUAAUCGUGAUCACGAUCCGAUGCAAUCGACCAGGACAAAAAUUUCCUUAGAAAACGUAAACACCAUACAUUAUUAUUAUGAUUUUAGUUUAGCAAACAAAACAAAACAAAACCAAAAAAUAAUCCUAUGUACGCGAGCUGUAAAAUAAGUUAUUUUUUCUACCGAUCUCUAUUAUUAUAAUAAUCAUCGUUAUAAAAAGAGUUAAUCGCCGAUGAUAUUAAAAAAAAAGAAAACAAAAAAAAAGAACAAAAAAGAAAUUGCCAAAUUACUGAUGAAUAUAUUGCAUUAGGGCAGAAGAAAAAACAAUAUUAAUUAAACAAAAAGAAAGUGUUUUACACGCAGUAUUCAUUAAUUCGAUAUUAAAUGCCGAAUAUAAAAUAUUUUUAUCUAAUAAUAAUCAUCCACCGAACUUAUAUAUAACUUCGUAUUUAUGAAUAUUAUUUUAAUACCAAAAGAAUGUUUGACAAAACGAUUUUUAAAACAAUCGUCCCAGAUAAAAAUAUUUUCGGCAAUAUCGUGUUCGUAUUAAACGACGUUUAAUAAUAAAAAAAAUAAUAAAAAGAAACGAUCUUCAACACUAAUUUGUUAUAUUAUCGCCGAUGUAAGAAAAAAAAAACUGAUGUGUGUACUUAUGUACAGAAUUUAUACUUCUUUAGCGUACCAAAACGAAUAUAACCUGAAAAAUAACUUGAAUUUGCGCGCGCAUCGUAAAUAUCGACAACUUCGUGGUGUUAAUUUUUCGGUCGCAUCUAACUUCACUUUCCAAAACGCGCCAAAAGAAGUAUAACUUUUUUUCUUUACAUAAGUACAUGACAAUGGAUAUAAAAAUCGUUCGAAUUAUUCCAAUUGCAUAUUAGCGCAUAAUAUUAUAUUAUGUACGAGUCAUGAAAUAUUGGAUAACGAUCUUAUAAAAACAAUUCGACGAUUCCGAUUUUGUACAAACUAUUAAGAAAAUAUAAAACAAAACGAAGAAAAGAUUUAGAAUCGGAAUUGAUAAUACGGUACAAAUUUCGUUCGUGUUUUUAAUCGAACGGACACAAUGCCAUUUAUAAUUCCUACAAUUAUUUUUAUGCAAAAGACCAAAUGUGCAAAGUUUUCAAAAUAUUACCAUCUAAUAAUAUAUAUAUAUAUUAUAUAAUAUAUAUGUAUACAGGAUGUUCACAAAAUGAUGAGUGUUUUAAGAUUUAGGUAGUGUAUUAUCUAACUCAUUAAGCUUAGUAAGCAUUUUUUCGGUUGUAUUCAUCCAAAAUAUCGUUUACUCAGCUUAAUGAGUAAAAUAUUAUCUUUCUAAUUUCUGGAACACUUUUAUUUUAAUACAUCCAGUAUCUAUACGAUUAUAAAUAUAUAACGACAUCAAAGUUAUUGAAAAAAGUAACGCGACAACAAGAUCAACAACAGGAACAACAAUACACAGAAUUUAGUUUUCUGCGAAAUACAUAGUCUUCUACAACAACGCAUAUAAAGUGAUAAAAGAGAAAGAGAGAGAGAGAGAGAGAGAGAGAGAGUUUUUAGGUGUUAUUUGUAAAUGAUUUUACGCGCACGCGUCUUUUAAAAUUAUGCAUUAUUAUAAACGUUUGAAAUUACGAUGCUUAUACGUAUGUGUAUUUACGGAUAUAAUUAUAAUAACAAAAUUAAACAAAUACGAGCAGUUAAAUAUUAACGUAAUUUUAGGCUUAAAAUUAGUUUUAUUUGCGACAAGCCAAUAAUUAUUGUAUAGGUAUAUAUAUAUGUAUAUAUAGUAUACUAUGUAUAUAUACAUUAUCGCAUUCACGUAAUUAUUCGAAAUAUUUGAAAUUGACAAAAUUUGACAUAAAUUAUUUCGCUUUUUUUUUUUUUACGAAACUUUCAAUUAUUUUAAAUUAUUUUUUAGCAAACAAGUAAUAUACAGGGUGUCCUGUAAUUGGUGGUAUAAGCAAGGAAGGAUUGAUUUUACGAAAAUAUAGAAUAAAAUUAGUUUUAUGUGUAAACAAAUUGUUUAGUUCUAUAAUUGUAAACUUAAUCAAUUGUCUCGUAAUUAUUUCGAAUAAUUUGUUAAAUAUAAUAGGACUCGUUCGAAUAUUUAAGAUACGAUAAUGUGUAUACAUAUAUAUUUAUAAUGUUUAAAAAUGUGAUAUAUAAACAAUCCUGUACUAGUUUGGUGGUACAUAAUUGAAAUAGUGCAGCGUCGCUUUUUUAAAUUACGCACAAUCAUGUGGACGAAGUAGAAAAUUAUAUUGUAUUCCCCGCCCGUCAAAUAAUUGUUAAGCAUUUUUUAAAAUCGAUUCGAAAAGGAAUAUAUAAUCAUAAAAAUGUGGCAGGUAUUAAAAAUAUUACGCGUGGGUGUGUUUUCUUUUUGUUUUUCCUUCGUGUAAGUACAAUGCAAAUGUAAUAUAAGAAUAGGAUAGAAAAAAAAAAAGAAGAAUGCCUUUCAAGCCAAUUAAAUUGAACAUUUUGUUGAUAAAAUGAAUUUCUAUCUUAAUUAGUACAGUAAACAAUUAAUGACAAAAAAACUCUAUUUUUCUUAUUGGCAAUGAAUAUAAUAAGUGAUCUCACAUAUAUAUAUAUAUAUAUCUACAUGUAUAAUGUGCAUUAAUGUGCACAGAAUAAAAAUUAUUAUUAUACAUUAUACGAUGCCGUUAAGAUAAUAGCAAGUAAAGCUUGAUUGUAAGAAAACACGCGGUUAAGUGCAUAACGUGGCAAUAUAGAAUUAGAAUAAAAAAAAAAAAUAGAUCAUUCACA